AUGUUGGGAACGGAGGAGAUAUUCGUACCGGGUCUGAAGGAUGAUACCGUACAGGGUGAGGCAGAUGACUUGUCAUAUCUCGGAGUGGCACCAGAAGCAAAACGAUCUGUUUCUAUCCCUCUACUCUCAACAGUUCUACUUUCUGUGCUCCGUGUUAUCUUUGUGAGCAGUAAGCGGCUUGACAUGAUGCGUUGUACGGUAUGUAUGCGGGAUGUACCAGUUGGCAAAAUGGUGCAGUUCACGCCUUGCUUACAUGUAUUUUGCAAGGCUUGCGUGGAUCGAUGGCGGCUUUUGAAUGAAGAAAAAUUGGGAAAACCAAGAAGUCCGACCAGUCCUUCUAAAAAAACCCUUACGCCUGUGAUUUGCCUGGCCUCUAAUUGCUACUCAGUAUAUGAAGGAUAUUACGUAAGACGUCUGAACUGGAAACAGUGCGAUAGUCCGUUUUGUUCUCGAAAAUUGUCAGCAGUCCGUUUGGAACCCUUAUCAUGUGAUCAUAAUUUAUGUGUGACAUGCAUGGAAGGAUAUAAACGAUUAGCAAAUCCUGUUUGUCCGGUUCAGGGUUGUCCCGGUAAAGCAAAUGAAGAUGAUGAUGCAGAGAUUUGUGAUGGUAUUUGCAAGCAACUCUUAGAACAAGGCAAAUUUGUAACCAUGAAGUGCUGCCAGGCAAAGAUAUGCAAUCAGUGUUUCGAAGCGAUGUUCGGGCGUAAAAUUACGGCAGGUAGUACUAUUUGUUCUGAGGAGAAAUGUCCAUUUGAAUGUGUUCGAUUAUCUGACUUCAGUGAACCGGUGAUUAAGUGCACAGUUGGGUCUAGGUGUAAUAAUGUGGCAAUUAAUGGUUUUCCUUCGAAAGGGGAAUGUGACCACACUGUUUGUAUGCGCUGCUUGGAGGAAAUGAUCGAGGAAUGUGAAACAGUUGGUUCACUGCCACAUUGUAAUAACCAUUUGUGCAAUGCUCUAUACGGUACUGAUUCAGUAAUGGCAAUGCGUGCGAUGUUUCCUCACAAAGCUGCCUUUUUUGAAAAACUUUGGUUGGACAACAAAUGGUGCUAUACAAUCAAAGAUGAAACAGUCACUGCAUUAAAGCUUUCGACUGAGUUUAAAUCAGCAGACCGAUUUUGCGAGAUUAAUAUUAGACUUAAUGAUGAAAUUGAAGUUAGAAAACUUCCGUUUGAUCGUGAAGGAACAAUUGCUGAUUUGUUGAGAGAAGUAAGAAGAGAGCUGAAAAUCGCUCCAGAAGAAAAGGUUUUAUUUUUCUGUAUUAUUAGAUUAAAAGUAUAUGGAUAUUACUUGAUUCGAUCAUCGAGCCUGGAAAACCAUUUGGACAAGCCAGCAGAAAGAUUAGAAUUGAGCAGCGCAGCUAUCACUGAAACGAUAGGAAAAUUGAAUCUUUCACGGACGACAACAAUCGUAGUCGAUACAGCUGGCAUUGUUCAAGCUAAAGAAGAAGAAAUGCUUACUCAGUGA